AUGUCAGUUUCGCCCGUGAAGAGGCCGAAGAUGGAGUCCACGGCGCUGGAGCAGCUCAAGAAGCACACCACCGUGGUGGCCGACACCGGGGACUUCCACGCCAUUGAGGAAUACCAGCCUUUGGAUGCUACUACCAAUCCUUCCCUUAUACUGGCUGCGGCCCAGAUGCCAUCUUACCAGCAGUUAGUGGAAGAUGCUAUUGCACAUGGAAAGGAACUUGGCGGGUCAGAAGACAAUCAAGUUACAAAUGCUUGUGACAAGCUUUUUGUAUUGUUUGGUGCAGAAAUUUUGAAGAGGAUACCUGGCCGUGUGUCCACAGAGGUAGACGCAAGGUUGUCAUUUGACAAGGAAGGCAUGGUUAAGAAGGCUAGACACUUCAUAGAUCUUUAUAAGGAAGCAGGAAUUAAUAAAGACCGCAUCCUCAUCAAGCUGUCUUCAACAUGGGAGGGCAUCCAGGCUGGCAAGAUUCUUGAAGAGCAAUUUGGGAUCCACUGCAACUUGACGUUACUGUUCUCCUUUGCUCAGGCUGUUGCCUGUGCAGAGGCAGGCGUUACACUCAUUUCCCCAUUUGUUGGGCGUAUCCUGGAUUGGCAUGUUGCAAAUACAGACAAAAAAGCUUAUGAUCCAUCAGAGGACCCAGGAGUGAAAAGUGUCACUAAAAUCUACAAUUACUACAAAAAGUUUGGCUACAAAACUAUUGUGAUGGGAGCUUCAUUUCGAAACACUGGAGAAAUCAAAGCUCUGACUGGCUGUGACUAUCUCACCAUUUCCCCCAAGCUUCUGGGAGAGCUCAGUAAAGAUACCAGUAAGCUGACUCCAAUGCUCAGUGUCAAAGAAGCCCAGGCAUGUAGCUUGGAGAAGAUCCAUCUAGAUGAGAAGACAUUCCGUUGGCUUCACAAUGAAGACCAAAUGGCUGUGGAGAAAUUGUCUGAUGGGAUCAGAAAGUUUGCUGCUGAUGCCAUUAAAUUGGAACGGAUGAUAAAGGAACGGAUGUUCAGCGCUGCAAAUGGAAAGUAGAUAAACCAAAGUUCUUGGAUGUGGAAUGGAUGUACAAAUGCCUAUGUGUUGCAUAUGAAUGGAUUUU